GUAGUAGGGCUGAGCUGUCAAACACUUGCUGUUCCUUUCCCUAAAUACUGCCCAGCCGGUUCCUCCCGCAUCUUUCCUCGUCUGCCUACUCUACUCUACUCUACUCUACUCUUGAUACUCGACAAAUAAUACCAGUGGAUAAUGUGACGCUGAGAAGCCAGUUGAUUCUCGAGAUCUCUGCUUCACGACAAAAAAAUAUACAUACUCGUCCAUCAUGCGAUGAGAAAAGUGCUUCAUUUUUAGUCCUGCUUCCGUUCCUAGUUGUCAUUUCCGGUUUCCUCGUGACGAGGCACCCGUCACUGCAGCGCUGCUAUUCUUCACGAGGGCAAUGGUGCUCUUUCCCGAUCGUCGAUCAUCUGACGAAGAGAAUCUCGGUGUCGACUGGGUUAUCCGCUAUCAGUUUGAUGGUGCUGAUACCGCUGCCGCUAUCGAUGAGUUUCGGUCCCUGAUCCGGGACCUGGAUGAGGCGGGUCUCCGUACCCAAGUCCGACAUGGUAAUGGAGCCUCAUUACUGGUCUUCGUCAAUGCGCCCAGAGAACGUCUGGGGCACGAAGUCUUCAAGUCUAGAGUCAAGGACUGGCUCGAUGGGAUCUCGGAUAUCCGUCCCGUGGGCGACAGUCACACUGUUAUCGACGGUGAUACCGAGGCGGAGGAGCUGCGGUCGAUUCAUCACCUCGUUACAGGGCGAAAAGACGACGGUGGUGCAGAAGUAACCGCAAAUCGCGGGAGGUGGAAGAAUGUCAAAGCAUGCUUUCCGCUCCAUAGCCCCAAUGCCAACAGAGGGCUCUUUCGACGAUGGAGGCGGCUCAGGAUUCUGGAGUCGGACGAUCUAGAUGAGCUACGAGCCUUGUUUGGCGAGAGGGUCGCACUUUACUUUGCGUUUGGGCAAUACUACGGUUUCUUCCUUGCUGGCGCAGCAGUUUUCGCAACUCUCAGCUGGAUGUACUACGGCUCGUACUCUAUCGGCUUCUCUGUCAUCAGUUGUCUAUGGUGUAUCAUCUUUGUCGAAUACUGGAAGGUGCAACAAACCGAUCUCGCCAUCAGAUGGGGUUCUAGAGGUGUGUGUGAGGUCAAGGGCGAUAGGGCCCACAGCACCUGGGAAAAAGAAGCGCAGGGGCAUCAAACGGUGCAGAGGACAAAAGAGAUCUACCAGGUCGAAAAGCAGCUACUUCGACAGCUACCACAGUUCGCAGUUGCCAUACUCGCCAGUUUCUUCAUUGGUUCCUUGGUCCUGGUGACCUUUACUGUCGAGCUCCUCGCCUUGGAGGUCUACAAAGGCCCCUUUAAAGCUUUCAUAGACUUCCUCCCGACCAUAUCCUUGGCCCUCUCCCUGCCAAGAAUAAGCUCGAUCCUCAGUAAGGCUGCGGCCAGGUUGACAGACUACGAGAACCAUCGCACUGAGGCCCAGUAUGAGCUAGCACGAGCCCAGAAGACCUUCCUAUCGAGAUUCAUCACCUACUUCUUGCCCUUGCUACUGACAGCUUUUGUCUGCGUCCCCUUUGGGGACCGAAUUGGCUCCUCUUUGGAUGCCUUGCAUUUCACUUGGUUCUCUGACCGGAUUCCAAGACAUAUAGAUUCCCGCCGCUUACAGCAGCAAGUCAUCUCCUUCGUGCUGGUGACUGUCAUGCUGCAAUUCAGGGAGAGGAAUUUCCUGCCGCACGGCGCGCAGGUCUCGUUCAUGAAGUAUCUCCACUACCUGCCCGACAGGCCAACGGAUAUCCUUCAUCCAUACCGGCGCUCAAACAGCUCCUCUCUCCUUUUGAUCGACCAUCCCGAAGAGUCCGGUUUCUUGAGCCGCGUGAGAGAUGAGUCCGAGGCUACUGUACGCGAUGUGCAGGAUAAUCUCUUGGAGAUCUGCGUCCAGUUCGGGUAUCUCGCUCUUUUCGGGGCAGUCUGGCCACUUGUGCCUCUGGUGUUCUUGUUCCUCCACUGGACUGGCUUCCGCAGUGAGCUCUUCAAGACCAUUAUGGAGCGGCAGCGACCAGCGCCGCUCCGUACCGACACCAUCGGCCCUUGCCUCAGCAUCUUGGAGUUCAUCGCUUGGUUGGGCUGUCUGUCCACGGCGGCCAUCGUGCACCUCUACCGCAGAAAUGUCCGACAGGUCGAACUGUGGUCUCUGCUUCUGACGAUCUUCGUCGCUGAGCAACUUUAUUAUGUCGCUCGGUACGUUGUCCGCACUGCGCUACAGAAGAUCGGGUCAGAGACCAUCCAUCGUGAGAAAGCACGGCGCGAUACUAUCCAAAGACGCUAUCUGGAGACCUUCUCUGAGGAAGCAGCCGAACUGUGCAGAGUAUAUAAGCCGCGCGUCCGUUUUAACGAGGUCACGGACGUCGUGAUUGAGACUAACAGAUUGGAUCCUACAGCGGCAUCUAGCCAGCAUGUCCGUCCCUCGGAGGAUGAGACUGAAGAUGGGAACGAGACAGAGGUUCCCCACAAAAUCUGUAGGACCGAUACUGAUCUACUCCGCGAUUCUGAUAAGUCUACCAAGUUCUGGUCCUGGCACCAUACUGCGCAGGAGACUACCGAUGCGGGCAUCAAGCUCAUCGAGGCUAUAUCUGUGGCCAGUCGCUUAGGAAGGUCUGCUCCUGAGAGCGGUCAAAUAACGCCCAAGAAGGCAGAUUAGUUGCUGAAAAAAAGAAGAUAAAAUAUCGCAAUACUCGCUUAGUAAUAGUAAUAUCAACAAUCGAAAUGGACGAAAGCAGGUCUUUCGUCAGCCAUUUGAUCAUCUCCAG